UAGUUUUCAGUUUCCCGUGAACUCUGAAAAGUAUUUUACUUUUGUUUCUUAAAUAUAUUCAGAAUUUAGUAUAAAUAUUAAUAAUUUAGUUGUAAUAAGUGCAAAAUAUUGUUCUCAUUCAGUACCGUAUAUCAGACAAACAGUGAACCUUACGAACAAUCGUAUUUCCGGAAAAAAAUAUACAGGAACCAUUCCAGCUUUAUGUGGAUCAAUCGCAUCUGUUUUCUCUUCUCCGUUUGAUUUCGACUGUCCGUCGUGUCGUGGCCAGCGCACUUCUCUGGCAGUUCGAUCCAUCACUUCGUUCCGUUCGCAUUUCUUGUGUUGUUUCGUCCCGUUGACGGUCUCGUGAUUAUUCAUUAGUUUGUGUUAUUUUCUACACCUUUCGAUUUAUUUCACUCCGCGGUCGGUGAGUCACUCAUUAUUUGCUUUCGGAAUUUCGUGUCAUCCUGGAAGACUGAGUCUUUGUCCUACAUCAGAAUGUGUUGAAUACGGAUCAGUUUUGUGUUCGGGGUCUGAUCAGUGCGAGUAAUCUAGAAAUUGCGUUGGAAGAUUGGUUGGUGUCUGUCAGGAGGAGUGUUAACAAAUUACAACCUACGGAAGGCGUCCAAUAGUGAAACGGGAAGGCUGAAUGGUUGACUGGCCAUUUGGCAAAAGAGUGAACGGCGGUGGAAAUCUCCCAAAGUAUUUGCCCAGCCUCUAUAGGCUAGCUGGUGUUGCUGCUAUUUGCUUGGCUGGUUCCUCCUGCCCUCUAUAAGCGAUUAUUACUGCGGGCGAGUGAAACUCGGGUAUCGCUGUGCGGAAUUCGUCCGUUUGGGUGGCUUCGUCAUCAGUGAAAUCCGACCAGACGACGACAAAGUCAUCUACCUAGAGGGGGAUUCAUUGCGGAGGAAUCGGUGAACCGUGUUGAGAGAAAAAAUUUGCAAAAUAUUUUCGGAAGUGCGUUUGGUGAAAAGUUAGUGCUAGUGGUUUAUGGUUGGGGAAGACUACAGCUGCAGUUAGCGGGACUCCUGAAGGAGCAUUGGAACAUUCUGCAGAUAACGUGGACGCCAGAGGUUGCUGACGCAUCACCUGUGCUGGAGGAACAGAUCUCGGAAACAAAAUGUGGAGUCCAACACAUAUACAAGUUACUGUCCAACGAGCGAAAGGCCUGCUGAUAAAAGGAAAACAUGGAACCAACAACUGUUUCGUCAUCAUCGCACUCGGCAAGGAGAAGUACCAGACGUCGGUCAAGGAUAAGGCACCGGAAGCCGUCGAAUGGCACGAGGAGUGUGAGCUGCAAAUCCCAUCGCAAGGCAAUCGGGCGGAGCUGGUUCUCACAGCCCUCCACCACAACACGUUGGGAAUCGAUGAGUUCCUGGGGCAGGUUGUGCUUCCCCUCAACGAGAUGGACGUGUACGAACGGCCACGCUCCCGAUGGUUCAAGCUGCAGAGUAAACCGGGCAAGGAGAAGAAGAAGGAACGCGGGGAGCUGGAAGUUCGGAUAGCUUUCACCGUCAAGGCUGGCUCGUUGACGGAUCUUAGCAAAAAAGAGAAGAACAAGAGUUCCAUCAGCAAUCUGGCGUCCAACGUUGGAGGUUCCUUGCUUAGUAUUGGUGCUAUUGAGAAGCGGAAGAGUCUUAAGAAGUUUGCCAAAUCCUUGGGUUCAAAGGUUCACAUAAGUGGGAUUGGGAAAAAGAAAAAUAAGGAUAUCGACCCGGCAGCUGAUGAUGGGUCUUUUACGGGCAGCUAUUCAAGUAUCGGUACUCCCAGUGGAUUACAGUCCAGACAAUCACGUCAAACCUUCGGAGACGCGGAUCCCGGUGUGAUCAGCGAAGACGAAGAUGAAUUUGUAUUUGACAAUCUCUCACAUAAAAGCUCGGGAAGCUCGUUGAACAUUCGCGCCCAAAGCGGUGCAGGACACAUGUUGCCAAAAUCCACAACACAAUCAAGCGCUUCAACGCCAGACGAGACGAGGAAGCAUAAAUCGGUUACAUUGCCUCCGUCGAAACCGCCGAGGUUACUGUCGGAAAAUGACCCCGAAGCAGCCCCUCCAGCCAAGGUCGACGAAUGGGAACAGAAGCUUUACGGUAAACACUUAGACAUCGGUAGCACAGAUUCACUGAAAAGAAGAUCUUGGGAAAGUUCACGCGUAAUGCUCUCCGUGCAACAGGAGGAAGAUGAAGACCAACAUCAGAAGAAAGCACCUCAAGAGGCACCACCUCCGGUACCAACGUCAGUAACUGCUCCGACUUCUCCAAUGCUCACUGAUAAGUCCAGUAAGGAAGACUCGGAAGGAUACGAUAAACCGAAACCUCUCCCCCGGGUCGGAUCACAGGACAUCAGCAAGGUUAGUGAUAAGUUGAUUAUCAACAACGCUCCCAUAACCAGUAACAGCAUGAGCAACAGUCGCAAAUCGAUCAACCAACCUUCCCCGAAGUUGGAGAAACAAGAUAGCAGUUCGUUCACGAAAAAGCUGAAACACUUCAUCAAGGACCACCGAGCGGAAUCGAUGGAGAACCUUUCCGGCAGCAGGAAGCAACUGAAUGGUACAAAGCACCACGUGAAUGAGCGGAUCAUAAUCGGGGGCGAGAACGGCAGCAACGGAACGGGCGAUUUGCCAAUGGCGUUCCUGACGGCGCGACAGAGCAAACUGGUCACGGAGGUGUCGCCGGAGAUUCUCGCCAAGUACGAGGGCAAGACGCGCGAGGACAUGAUGAAGAUUGCCCACAAUCUGGAGAACGAGGUCAGCUACCAGAAGCAGAAGGUGAAGGAGCUGGAGGACUACCUGGACAGUUUGCUGCUCAAGGUGAUGGAAUGCCAACCGCGGAUACUGCAGAAUCCGUACCAGAAGGCGAACCCUACCAAGAGCCUACUCAGAGCUAGCUAUCUUAAGGAAUAGAACGGGUGGAUGAUUUGCCCUUCUUCCUUACAGCAGUUUGAGCCAGCAGCUGAUGGAGUGCGUUUAUCUGUAGUCUGAGUACCUUAAGUGGUGACCGUCGCGCUACACGCCCACACAUUGUUAACGAAUGUUAAUCGUCCACUACUACCUAUACUAACAACAGAACUGAUUGUCAUCGUGUCGCGGUAAGCAUAGCCUUUGAAAUUCCUUAUUCUAAAAUCCUACACCACUACUGUCUUAGGUUGUACAAGUGCUUUCCCUGAUCGUUGAGUUUUUCUUUUAAAUUUUAGACGAAAACUAUGAAAAGACAAUAUUUCUUUAUUAUACAAGACAUUCUUAAGAAAAAAACUCAGAAAAAAAAACAAAUAGUAAAAUUGUAAAUUUCGAAGAUUGUUUUUUUAAUCAACACCUACCAAUCACUUUUUUAAAUGAAUAUAUUUUUUACACUGUGCAACAAUUAUCCACUCUGUAAUUGUUAUAUCGAAUAUACAUACACGAUAAUAUACACAUUAAAAAUAAUAAGAGUAACCCGCCAGCUCAGUUGUGGCGUCAUUCGAAAAUUAGAAACUGAAUCAAAUCCCUCGUACCGCAGAAGGCCUUGUAUUUAUUGAUGCCGCCCGAGAUUGGUAUCGUACUAAAAUAUACAAAUCGUACCUUUAAAGCUGAAUUGUAUUGAUGAUUGAUCUGGGUCCAUAAUCCGCACUUUAUGUUCCCGUAAAGUUUCGCGAAGGAAAAUUCUCAAUCGGGGCGAUGGUCGUGAUGAACAACACUGGAAUCAUUCGCCUAUUUUGUAUGCCUAUUGUGCGAGUCUUGACAGUGCAGACUAGAUAACUUUAUUACUGCUACUGAAUGAAGGUACAGGUACACCAGACGCAGGCAAUUAUACACAUUAUUAUAUUGAUUUAACAGUAAGUUCGGAAAUACAUUUAUCUAGAGUUGAGUUAUGAAGCAAAA